AUUACAAGUUUGAAACUCUCUUCUUCAUUUUUCUAACAUGAAUAAUUUCUUGAAUUCUCAAUAUCUACAUAAACAUCAAUCUAUAUUGAACCAUAACAAAAAGAGGCUAACUCAAGAACAAGUCAAGAGGUUAGAGGCAAGUUUUGAUUUAACCAAGAAACUUGAGCUUGACCAAAAGCUUCAACUUGCUAAAGAGUUGGGUGUUCCUCCUAGACAAAUUGCUAUUUGGUACCAGAACAGACGAGCUAGAUGGAAGAAUCAAAGCCUCGAGCUCGACUAUACUACACUCCAACUCAAACUAGACACUACAUUAGCUGAAAAGAAGCAAAUUGAGAAAGAAAAUGAACGUCUAAAAAUUGAGUUGAAGAAGGUAAAUGAAAUGCUAAUUGCCAUUAAACAAGCUAAAGUUCAAGAGGAAUUAGCACAAGGGAUAAUUCCUUGUUCAAUUUCUAGUGGUAAUUGUGAAGAAGGAGGGAGUUCAAGUUUUCAAGAAGAUGUGAGUUGUUCAUGGGUAAAUAAUAAUAAAAUUAACAACAACAAUAAUAAUUGUGAGUCUAAUUUGGCACUUGAUGAGCUUUAUUCUUGUUUGAUGGGUGGAGAAGAAGGGUCAAAAUAUAGUUUGAGUUGGCAAAAUGGGAAAGAUCUUUGGGUGUGGAAAAAUUAA